GAUUAACUUUUAAAUUAUUUCACAAAGGCCUUUUUUAUUUGGUAUAGAACUACAACCGGAAAAAAAACUCUUCCUCUCCACAUUUUUAUAUUACAUGUAGACCCAAACUGAAUUGAUUUUUUUCCUUUUCUAUUUUAUUUUUCAUCAAAAUGGCUCUUUCGUGGACAUCAGGGGCUUGGACACUGGCAGCAUUGGGUUUUCUUAGCUGCUGUAGUUUGGGCUGGUGUGAUGCUUCAAGGACUAGUGGUUUGACCUCAGGAGGAAGUAAACAGGACCAAGGACCCUCAUCAUUGGAACGAGUGAAGAGAGGAUGGGUGUGGAACCAGUUUUUUGUUGUUGAGGAGUACACGGGGACAGAGCCGCUCUACGUAGGAAAGAUCCAUACAGACUCUGACGAAGGAGAGGGGAACAUCAAGUACACUAUCUCUGGAGAAGGGGCGGGCUCUAUCUUCAUCAUCGAUGAGGGAACAGGAGACAUCCAUGCCACGGAGAGACUGGACCGAGAAGAGAAGGCUUUUUACACACUUAGGGCCCGGGCCCGGGACCAGCUUUCCAAUGACCCUCUGGAACCAGAGUCUGAGUUUGUCAUCAAGGUCCAGGACAUCAACGACAGUGAGCCCAAAUUCUUGGAGGGUCCCUACAUCGGCAGUGUGGCAGAGCUGUCCCCCAUAGGAACAUCGGUGAUGAAGGUUAUCGCAUCAGAUGCUGACGACCCUGCGUACGGCAGCAGUGCCAGAGUGGUGUACAGCGUACUGGAUGGAGAAAAGAUUUUCACUGUUGACAGACACACAGGAAUCAUCAUGACAGCAGUGGCAGAUUUGGACCGUGAGACACAGGAUCGGUACGAGUUGGUCGUCAAGGCAACAGACAUGGCAGGACAAAUGGGCGGUCUCUCCGGCUCGACCACGGUGACCAUAGUGAUCACAGAUGUUAAUGACAACCCACCGCGCUUCCCACAGAAGAUGUACCAGUUUUCUGUGUCGGAGGGGGCGGCUGUGGGGACUCCAGUUGGACGCAUCAUUGCAACAGAUGCAGACAUGGGAGAGAACACAGACAUGAGCUAUCUGAUCAAAGAGGAAGGGGAGCUCUUCAAGGUGACGACAGAUGUGGAGACACAGGAAGCAAUUGUCUCCAUCAAGAAGAAACUCGACUUCGAGAGCAAGCGCACACACAAUGUUGUCGUGGAGGCGGUGAAUAAGCACGUCGACCCUCGCUUCGUUGACCUGGGUUCCUUCCGAGACCAGACCAUUGUUCGCGUCAGUGUGUCCGACGUAGACGAGCCGCCCAUCUUUCAACCGGCAGGGGGCGCUAUCAUGGAGGUGCGGGAGGAUGCCAAAGUAGGAGCGGUGGUUGGCAUCAUCUCUGCCAGGGAUCCAGAUGGGAAGAAUAAUCCUGUCAGGUUCUCCAUCGAUCGAACCACGGACCUGGAAAUGAUCUUUCAUAUUGAUCCAGAUUCGGGUGCCAUCACGCUUGAAAAGAUGUUGGACCGUGAGACCGCAGGAUGGCACAACAUCACAGUGAGGGCUGUAGAAGAAGAUAACCACACCAUGGCGUCCCACUCGGCAGUUAGUAUUCGGAUCCUGGAUGUGAACGACAAUCCUCCUGAACUGGCCACACCGUACGAAGCCUCGAUAUGUGAAGAUGCUAAACCAGGCCAGCUAAUUCACACCAUCAGUGUGGUGGAUAGAGACGAGCCUCAAACCGGUCACCGCUUCUACUUCACCUUGGCCCCCGAAGCUUCCAGCAAUCGACACUUCACCCUCUGGGACGUGAAAGACAACACAGCUGGUAUCCGGACCCAGCGGUCAGGCUUUAACCGCCAGGAGCAGAAUGUGUACUUCCUGCCUAUCCUGGUGGUGGACAGCGGGCCUCCCUCCCUCAGCUCCACAGGCACCCUGACCAUCCACGUCUGUGGCUGCGACACAGAGGGAGCCAUCCAGUCCUGCAACGCCACGGCCUACGUCAUGAGUGCCGCUCUCAGCCCGGGGGCCCUCAUCGCACUACUGGUCUGCAUGCUCAUCCUCAUCGUCCUCGUCUUGCUGAUCCUGACCCUGAAACGCCACCGGAAGGGCCAGAGGAUGACGGAGGACGAGGAGGACAUGAGGGACAACGUCAUCAAGUACAACGACGAGGGCGGAGGGGAGCAGGACACUCAGGCGUACGACAUGAGCGCCCUGAGGAACCUCUAUGAUUUCCCAGAGGCGAAGAGCUGUGACUCUGGCCCGGACAUCCGCUCCCUGCCGCAGUGGAUACAGUCGAACCGGGUGGGCGGAGGCGCAAAGGGUGCCGAAGCAACGGCGGCGGACUUCUCUCUGUUCAAAGGCUACAUCCGAAAGAAGGUGGAGCAGGCCGACGCCGACCUGUCGGUGCCGCCGUACGACUCCUUCCAGACGUACGCCUUCGAGGGCUCCAGUUCACCGGCGCUUUCCCUCAGCUCCAUCCACACGCUGUCCACCACCUCCGAGCAGGAUUUCUCCUACCUCAGCGACUGGGGACCUCGUUUCAGGCAACUGGCGGGCUACUACGCUCCGGGAAACCCGGAGGAGGAAGGGUCCUAGCACAGCUUCGCCUGUGCAGAGAGACGUGUAAACUACUUCCUCCCAUGCUCACCCUGUGGCACUCAGAGCCAGCACUGUGUACUCCGUAAAGACCGAGCACCACCUCUGUAUCUCCUUUGAAGGAAAACCCCCGUGUCAAACUUUGAACUCAUGAUUUUUUUUUUCUUUUAUGAAAGCUCGAGCUGAUAUGACGAAAGAGUAAAGGAAAAGAUAUCAAGUCACCAAAAUUGCCGUUUAGUCUAAAGGGAUGAUUUCCAUUAAAUUACAUAUAACAACCUUAAUUUUGAGCUGUGAGACAUCAUGUCGGUAGGGUCAAAACUUUACCAACGCGAGCUGUCCGACAAACAUGUAUUUAUUUGAUGAGGAAAUAUUUAUGUAUUUAUUUGUUUUUUUUAAUGUAUUUAUUUAUUUAUCUAUCUACCCCAUGAUCACUAUGGUAACUGCAACAGUGAACUCUGCUGAUGUGCGAAAGAAAAAGUGAGGGGACGAGGACAUGAUGAAAAAGAACGAGAGGCAACACGGAAGAAGGAAAGAAGGACUGCAGUGGCAGAUGACUAUAGAAAACCGUCAAAUUAGAUUCUGGAAAAUAUUUGUAUUUAUUUUCUAUGACCACUUUUGUAAAAUAACCAACUUAAGACAUCGAUGAAAAGCAGAGGCAAGUAAAAAGAGGGAAUGGAUGGAGAGAAAAAAAGCUGCCAGUUAUUUCUGAACAGUUGAGACUGACAUGCUUUUGCUGUGUUUUAGUGAUUUCUGAAGUAUUUUUUUUAAGCUUUUAAAGACGGAGAACAAUUGUGUGUAAACAUUUUCUUUUCUUAUUCUCUCCACAGCCAAUUGUAAGGCAAUAAGGCACAAACCGCAACAAUGAUUUAACACUUAACAAAAUGACUGUUUAAUGGAUUUGACUGGUUGCCAGCAUUGACCCACAGGGAGCCAAUUUUCAUUCCGGAUUUAGUGUGAGUUUGUGUACAAAAUGUUUAAUUAAUUUUAUAUCCUGAGACAUUUGAUUUUUCUUUUCGACAUUUGAUUUAUUUUAGUGGAGGUAGGUGAGAACUCGUGAAAGCAGGAUGGCGGUGCCUAAUUAAAUGAGAGAGGUUUAAGGGUAACACAUGAUGAAUGGACUUGUCACAUCCACCAGAUAUCCACAACCUGUUCAAUGUUGACCUUAACUUUCAAAUGUAUUGAAAAGAGAAAAAAAAAGAAAAAAAAUAAAUAUUUAAUUUUUUGGG